AUGGGUCUCGCUGCCCCGCCCCCUCCAUCUGGUGGUGCUGGCAGUACCACCAAGUUCUCUGCUGCAACUUCUUCUUCCCCUCGUACCCCCUCCGCCUCCUCUUCUUUCUCCUCCUCCUCCUCCCAAUCGCCACUCCAGCGAACCUCACAGAUCGCAAACCACCUCCAGAGCCCUGCGCCGCGCACGCAUCGCUCACUGUCCACCAUGGCGUCUUCCCCCUACGCGGUCCGCAAGAUUGCCGCUCCCAACACCCUCGAGCACCGAGUCUACAUCGAGAAGGAUGGCGUCCCCAUCUCCCCCUUCCACGAUAUCCCUCUCUACGCCAACCAGGAGCAGACCAUCCUCAACAUGAUUGUUGAGAUUCCUCGCUGGACCAAUGGCAAGCUCGAGAUCUCUAAGGAGGAACUCCUUAACCCCAUCAAGCAGGAUGUUAAGAAGGGCAAGCUUCGCUUCGUCCGCAACUGCUUCCCCCACAAGGGCUACCUCUGGAACUACGGUGCCUUCCCCCAGACCUGGGAGGACCCCAACACCGUCCACCCCGAGACCAAGGCCAAGGGUGAUAACGACCCUCUCGACGUCUGCGAGAUUGGCGAGCUUGUCGGCUACCCUGGCCAGGUCAAGCAGGUCAAGGUCCUCGGUGUUAUGGCCCUUCUCGACGAGGAGGAGACGGACUGGAAGGUCAUUGUCAUUGACGUCAACGACCCUCUCGCCCCCAAGCUCAACGACGUUGAGGACGUUGAGCGCCACCUUCCUGGCCUCCUCCGCGCGACCAAUGAGUGGUUCCGCAUCUACAAGAUCCCUGACGGCAAGCCCGAGAACCAGUUCGCUUUCUCCGGCGAGUGCAAGAACAAGGCUUACGCCCUUGACGUCAUCCGCGAGUGCGGUGAGGCUUGGGAGCGCCUGAUCACCGGCAAGACUCCCGCCGGCGACGUCUCUGUUGCCAACGUCACCGUCUCUCACUCUCCCGCUCGCAUCGCCCCCGACCAGCUCCCUCCUCUGCCCAGCAACCAGGAGAUCCCCCCUGAGAAGAUUGACAGCUCCAUUGACAAGUGGUUCUUCAUCAGCGGCGCCUCUGCUUAA